UUUUCUUCCUUUUUACUUCAUAAUUCACAAAACCUCGUAAACCCUUCUUUCUUCGCUCUCAUAAUCACAUAUAGCUGAAAGUAUUCAAGUCUUAAUCCUUUUAUUAAUCCAUUUUACAAUCACUAAUCACAAUUAUUGGGAUCUGAGCUCUGUUUAUUUCUAAGUUUUGCUUCUUUUUUGUGUGAAUGACUCAAAAUGUUAAUCUCGUAUUCUUGUUUUUUGUGUUAGGAUAUAAAGUUAUCAUCUUUAUGAUCAGCUAUAUGUAUGUAUGUGUGUGUGUGUGUGUGAACCCCCUUGGCCCUACCUAGCUUGGCACCGGUUUAUGAUUUAUAUCUGUUAUUUUGCUGUGUGCAGUGGCGAAGGAAUCAAAUCUAAAGAAUGGCAUGUAGGCGAAGCAUAACUACACGAGCGAAGCUUCUUUAUCAGCAACAGCGAGCUACCCCUGCAUUUUCUUACUUUCAUAAGGAUGAUGAUGAUCGUAAGAACCCUGAACCUAGUUUUGAAAAUUCAAGAAUUCCCAGUUUUUCCCAACCUCGCUACAUGGGAAGUGCAAGUGGAGCUAACAGCUUCAUUGGCUCAAGAAGUCCGUAUCAAGACAGGAGGUUUUGUGCUUCAGGGCCUUUUAUUCCAAUGAGUUAUGGGUCCUUUUUGAUCAGGAAUAUGUCAACUGAUAUUGGUGGUGGAGCAGAUAAAAUAGAUUACAUGACUGAUGUUGCCGAAGUACUUGCUGAUAAGGCUGUGGAGGCUGUAGUUUCUCAAGCUCCAGCUGUGAACGAGGUGGCAAUUGCUGCUGCUGAUUGUUAUUUGCCUGUGAAGGCAUUGAUGUAUUUAAUGGAUUACGUCCAUAUAUUUACCGGGUUUGAAUGGUGGGGAUCCAUAGUUGCUACAAGUAUUAUGAUUCGGUUGUUCACUCUUCCAUUUAUGAUUAAUCAGCUUAAGGCUACUUCAAAACUUACGCUUCUGAGACCAAAGUUGGAAGAGAUUAAAGAUGAGAUGCAAAAUAAGGGUAUGGCACCAGCGGCAGUUGCUGAUGGUCAAAAAAGAAUGCAAGAAUUAAUGAGGGAAUAUGGAGUUACUCCAUUCACUCCCUUAAAGGGACUACUAAUACAAGGCCCAAUCUUUGUCAGUUUUUUUAUGGCUAUUAGGAGCAUGGUGGACAAUGUUCCUUCUCUCAAAACUGGUGGAGCAUUUUGGUUUACUGAUUUAACUACUCCAGAUGCUAUGUAUAUCUUUCCAAUUCUGACGGCUUUGACAUUCUGGAUAACGGUGGAGUUGAAUGCUCAAGAAGGAUUGGAGGGAAAUCCUGCUGCUAAAACCAUAAAAAAUGUUUCACGGGGCUUUGCUGCUCUUACUGUCCCACUUACUGCUACUUUUCCUAAGGCGAUUUUCUGUUACUGGAUAACUUCAAAUCUUUUCUCUCUCUCCUACGGUUUGGUGAUAAAAAGUCCCGCGGUCAAGAAGGCACUGGGUGUUCCUAUAAUACCUGUCAGUCCUCCAACAGAACAAAAACCGGCGCUCCCAUUUUUCGAAACACUCAAGAAAUAUGCAGCAGCACAACAGCACAUAGCAGCACAGCAGCACGCAGCAAAGCAGAACGCAGAGGCAUCACAGCAACCGGCUGUAUCAUCGCCUCCUGUGGAAGAAUCAAGAUCCACGAGUCGACGAAUACCAGCAUCAUCGGUUCUUAGUCAGAGGAUCAGAAGUUUAGAGAAAGAAGUGAAAGGGAGAAAGAAGAACAAGAAGAGGUAAUAAGAGGAAGGAUAUUGGUAAAAGCUCGAAUUCUAGUUAUAGGUUAUCGCUAGCGCAUACAUAUACACGGUUAAAAGCUGCAUUUGUUGAAAUAAUCGGGGCAAGAGAAGGUUAAUGAAUUUUUUGGCAGUUUUGUGCGUUUGCACCUCGAGAGUUUUGGGGAACAAGCAAGAUUUCGUGUUCUUUCGGAGAGUUUGUCAUAGAGAUUCCAGGACCUAAUUAGAGAGAUCCCUUUAGAGAGCUGUAAUGUUAUGUCUUAUUUUCUGUAACUGGCAGAUAUCUCCAAUUCUACAUAACAAAUUGUUUGGCAAAGUUGUUACUCUAAUGCUAAUUUUUUGCUUCAA